CCCUGGCGCUGUCAGGAAUUCCUAGCGCUGCUUUGGGAGAACUCGCGAGUUUUGGCCGCUGCAUCCCUCGCGAGAGCAGCAAGUCGCCAUUCUGCGUGACGUCACUGUGUAUUGUUGUGAGGGGGGACGGGAGCAUCCCAGAGCUGUCAGCUGCCGAGUAUUGCCGCCGCAGUCGCCACCACCGUAGCUGUUCCCCCGCGCAGCCGCUUAUCAAGGAGGGUGGCGCGUUAUUGCACAGGGCGUCCCUGUAUCACGCUCAGCCAUUGUUUUCAUUCGAAGCCCCGCGAGUGCCCGUGGAACGCCCACGUCGUAAGAACCAUCAAUGAGAUGCAAACAUGAAAGACAAGAGGAAGAAGAAGGACCGCACCUGGGCCGAGGCUGCCCGCCUGGCUUUAGAAAAACAUCCCAAUUCACCUAUGACUGCAAAACAGAUCUUGGAAGUCAUUCAGAAAGAAGGUCUAAAAGAAACCAGAAAUGGUACCUCUCCGUUGGCUUGUCUCAAUGCAAUGCUUCAUACUAAUACUCGUGUGGGAGAUGGAACCUUCUUCAAAAUCCCUGGAAAGGCAGGACUUUAUGCUCUUAAAAAAGAAGAAUCUGCAAGUCCCACAGAUGGAACAUUGGAAAUAGGGUGUGAGUCGGAGUUAGAGAGUUCAGAAAUGGCAGAGGCUAGCAGCAAUGGAGAAGAAAAUGAAGUUUGCCAAAAGCAGGUAUCUGAAGAAGCCUCUUCCAACCGAGACUCAAGCAUUAAUAAUUCCACAGUGCAGAGCAAGCUAGCAUCUUCCUUCCAACAGCACACCAAAAAGGCUUUAAAGCAGGCUUUGAGGCAGCAGCAGAGGAAGAGAAAUGGGGUCUCUAUGAUGGUAAACAAGACUGUGCCUCGUGUCGUCCUGACACCGCUAAAGGUGUCUGACGAGCAGUCGGAUUCACCUUCAGGCUCUGAGUCUAAAAACGGUGAAGCAGACGGUUCUGAUAAAGAAACUAAGCAAGGGCAAAAAUCACCUCCUGGCAAACAAACAAGUCAGCACUUAAAGCGGCUGAAAAAAUCAGGCUUAGGGCAUUUGAAAUGGACCAAAGCAGAAGAUAUUGACAUAGAAACUCCGGGAUCAAUUUUAGUAAACACUAAUCUGAGGGCUUUAAUAAACAAGCAUACAUUUGCUUCUUUACCACAGCAUUUUCAGCAGUACCUUUUGCUUCUACUUCCUGAAGUGGACAGGCAGAUGGGAAGCGAUGGGGCUUUACGCCUUAAUAAUUCUGCUCUGAACAAUGAGUUCUUCGCAUAUGCAGCACAAGGUUGGAAGCAGAGAUUAUCAGAAGGGGAAUUCACACCAGAAAUGCAAAUGCGCAUCAGACAAGAAAUUGAGAAAGAAAAGAAAACUGAAUUGUGGAAAGAAAAGUUUUUUGAAAGGUUUUAUGGAGAAAAGUCUGGGAUGUCUAAAGAAGAAUCCAUAGAACUGGCAUCUGGGCAAAACAGUAGUGAAGAUGAAAUCAGUUCACUUGAAACAUCUCUAAGCUUUUCUGAUCCAUCUGUCCAAUGUAAUGACAGUGCGAAAAUCAACAAUGAAACACCAGUUUUAAUGGAAAAGGAUGUGCUAGAGGUCUCCACUGGAACACUGAAGGGUGUUCCUACCAAGGGGCUUGUGAGUGAAACAGAACUGGAAGAUAUUGGAAUACCUGAAGAAUCUGUUAUCCAGGAGGAAAUUGCUGAGGAAGUAGAGACUACCAUCUGUGAUCAGGAAGAGGAAGAGAGGACUGACGCUGAAUUGUCAGAGGAGCUGGGAAAUCAGGACACUAAAGAGGAAGAAAAAGGAAUGCUUGAAAAUGUAGAAUCAUGUGUUGUUAUGGAAGAUGAUAUAUUGCCUAAUUCAGAUAUUAAAGUGAAAGGGGAAGACAAAUCUGAAGAUCUUGAAAGUGAUAUGUUGGAAGAAGCCAAUCAGAUUUCUGAGUGCACACCCUCUUCUCCAACUCUUUCUUCUCACAGCUCUCCCAGUGAAUCAGUUGAAAAGGAUUUUCAACUUUUGCCAGAAUUAAAUGUAUCUGAAGAGAAUGAUAGCUCUUCUGUAAUAGUUGAUGCUGAGGGUUCUGAAGAGGCUACUGCUGUAGAGAUGGAACUAAUCAGUGAACCAGAUGAACAGUUCUCAGAAACAGCAUGUGUAUCGGAAACAUCCUUUUCCUCCGAGAGCCCAGAAGAAGCAAGCCAUAGCAUUCCAUCCCCAUGUGCUGACACUCAGUCUGCAUCUGAAGAUCCUUACACACCUGCAUCUGUUGAGGCUGCUUUUCUGUCAGAAGUUUCAAGCUUCGAAAAUGUUGAAUCAGAAAGUCAGCAAAAGCACAUAGAUGAAAGCCCCCCAACAUCACUGACUUCAGACAUUUCUCCAGUCUCAUCUUCACCUAUAAGGUCCGAAGCAUCCCCUUCUUCAAACCACCCACUCACAUCAGAAGCAUCCCCAGCAUCUAAUUUACCAAUAUCCUCUGAAGCAUCUCCAGUGUCCGAUAUACCCUUCACCUCAGAAACCUCUUCAGUUUCAUCUGUAGCUUUAGCAUCAGAAACUGGCCUUCCUACUAUUGUACCCCCACCUUCUGAAGCAUCUUCUGUUUAUAGUCCCCCUACAAAUGAGCAUCUCAUGCUUCAGCAAGAGGUUUCACCAACAUCGUCCGAUGAAUCACAGUCUCCCUUAAAGGAUGAAACGGAUGAUUUCUCAGAGGCAUCACAAGUAGAUACUACUAGUGAACAAGAAAAUCCUGAAAAUCUAAAUUAUAAUUCAGAAUCCCUUAAUGAAGGAAUUCUUAAUCAUAGACAUUGCCCAUCUGAGGUAGAGAAUGAUAAACCCUAUACUGCAGCUGCAUCAGAAAAAUGUCCACCAGAAAUUAUAACAAUAAAAAAUGAUUCAACCCAUUAUCGCAUAGUUGAGAAAAAAUAUUUGCCUCCUCAUAAUGACUCUCAAGGAUAUUUUUGUAAAAAAACAGACUCUAUUCAGUUUAGAUCCCAUGAAAAACUGCAUACUACAACUGCAGAAAUGACUGGAUAUGUUGAAACAAGCAGAAGUAAGUCCCAUAAACAAGGAAGUUCUCAGAUCUCUCAUACAAAGUCAUCUGAACACAACAAACAGGUAGAGCCAAUAAGGACUGAAAGCCGGGAGCCUGAACUUUCAAAGCGAAAGACAUUGGAAUUGCAUAAUUUUGGUAUAUUAAAGGAGAAACGACCACGAAUAGAUGAUGAUUAUCAUAUCAGAACAUCAUCUGUUUCAAGUCAGGCAGAGCGAGAACCACCGCCACCUAGGGAAGAGCCCAAAGUUCCACCCCUCAAGAUUCAGCUUUCGAAAAUUGGACCCCCAUACAUUAUUAAAAGCCAGCCUGCUCCAAAACUUGAGUCAAAAAUGUCUUCAAGUGCAUCUACUAGUGGAGGGAGGAACACUGGUGCAAGAACUCUUGCUGAUAUUAAAGCAAGAGCACAACAAGCCAGGGCACAAAGAGAAGCAGCUGCUGCAGCCGCAGUUGCAGCUGCUGCAAGUAUUGUUUCUGGUGGUGUUGGAAGUCCAUGUGAAAGUAGCAAGACAAGGACACUUGGCCAUAUUAAAGAACAAACCAAGGCCAAAAUUUUUACAAAGCAUCAGGCAAAAGUCAAUGUACAGCAGUCAAGUAAAGAUGGAAAAAUAAAAGACAGCCAUCCAGUCACAGACGUGCCAUUGUCUUCUGAUGGAAAGAUUGAAAGCUCUACUGGGGUUAUCAUCAUUAAUCCAAACUGCAAAUCUCCCAACAGUAAGACCACCUUACAUCGAGAGAUGCCCUCUACAUUACAGAAAUCGCUUAGUAAUGCAUCAUUAUCUGAAACAGAUUCUGAUGCUUCUUUUCACAGUUCCAAUGAAAACAUCCAUGUGCCACAUUCCAGUGACAAAACAAUCACAUCUACCUCCAAUGAUAAUUGUUGUGUCUCAAAGCAUUUUAGUAAAAACAUAGGUCCUGUCUCUGUCUGCAGCUCUGUUGACUCUUCUAUUUCAAAUACACUUGAGAAAUCGUCAGCUCUGAUGUCCGUUGAUAAUGAUAACACUAUAACUGUACGCUGUGUUCUAAACUCUACUCAGCAAACUAACAUUCCUAGUAUGGGUGUUGUACCAGGAUGCUCCAAUAACACUAGCAGCACAGCCUUGGCUAUAAAUUCCACUACAUCUAAAUCUGAGGAUGACACGAGAGUGUCCCUAUCAAUCAGUAAUGUUAAUCAUUACACCUCUGUGCCAGUUACAUCCAUUGGAAAUAGUAUGCUAAAUCCUUCGCUUUGUAGCUCUUUGCUUGAUUCCCUAAACUCUACAAUAAGCACGGGCAGCAGGCAUCCUGAGAAAUUUGAUCUAUCAGGUUGUGAAAAAGAAAUUGACAUACAAGUCUGCAGUUCAAUGAAGAGAUUGUCAAGCCAAGAGGAUACUAUCUUCAAUUCACUUGAUAGGUCUCAGGUUCCUUUAUUUGCCAACAACAGGAGAACUUUAAGCUCUGAUUCCAACCAAAUUAACACUGACAAUAUUGAUAAAACUUUGUGUAGUAUUGUAUCAAACUUCCACAACAAAGCUCUGCCUGCCACUUUAUCGCAAGCUUCAACAAAUCGCUCUAUACCAUGCAAAGUGAUUGUUGAUCAUUGUACAACUCCAAAUUCAUCUUUCCCUUUCACUGCCGAAAAUUCAGAAAACUGCACCGAUCCACAGAACAGUCAUGGAAGAGCAGAACUUUCAAUGCAAAAUAAAGCAUGCCCCCAAGUAUCUGUUAUAAGCAGACAAGAAUGCCUUCCUUCUGAGUCUUCUGAGCACAGUUCUUUCACAAAUAUUUCUUCUAAGCUAGCAAGAGAUGAAAGGAACGCCUCUUGCACAAGCCAUUUGAAAAAUAGUUAUUCACAAGAGGAAUCUGUUGCCUGUCGGGAAAAUUUUAAUGAGCAUUUGAAGUGUCCUCCUACUUUCAAGGGUGGUGCAGAUAAUAUCCCUAACUCGGAGUAUAUAUCUAACAACAGAAUAUGCUGGAAUGAAAAAGGUAAAUCUGUUGGCAACCUUUUAAAUAUGGUAAAGAACAUUGGGUACUCAGGAGAAAACAUUCUAGGCAGUGUCAAAAGUGAGCCUGACCGUUAUCAAAUGGCAAAGGUCACCGCUCUGAGUCCAGUACCAAGAAUCUCUGUAUCAAUAAAAUCAGAAGCAAGCGAAUCAAUAAAGUGCUUUGGAAAUGAUGGAUAUGUAGGUCAAAACACUCUUUCUCAAACUGCUGACUUAGACAUGGGUGCACAGUCUUCAGAUAUACUUGUCACUGUUUCCAGAGAAGAACCUUUAUCUCUGACAACAGAAAACUUGAAAAGGGUGACAAAUGCAGGAAGUUCCAGUUGUCGUCUUUCAUCUGUUGAAGCAAAUAACCCAUUAGUAACACAAUUGCUGCAAGGCAACUUACCCCUAGAAAAAGUUUUGCCACAGCCACGGUUGGGAACAAAACUAGAAAUUAGUAGGCUGCCUCUGCAAGCUACCUCUUUGUAUAAGGCUUCUGAGAACCCAUGCUCUCCAACACCAGACGGUAAGGGUUACCCUUUAACUCCUCUGCAAAUGAGGAAACGUGAAAACCAUCCUAAAAAGAGGAUGGGAAGAACUGUAGGAGAACGUGCUCAAAUUAAAUGCGAGUCUGGAAAGUUUUCAGUGGAUGCUGAUCCGGCCUUGUCUUCUUGUAUGAUGGGUUCUAAUAUGAAUUCGCUAGUACAUGGUCAGGGUUUUAAACAGGAGUGGAUGAAUAAGCACUCGGUUCAAACCAGGAUUGUUCACAGCCCAGAGAUUAAACAGCAGAAGAGGCCACUGCCUUCGUGUAGCUUUCAGCAAAACUUCUAUAAUGUUGAAAAAAAUGGCAGCUAUCAACCAGAAGCUUGUACCUCACAUAGACAGCAAUUUUACCAAAUGUCAGUGGCUCAGAGAGGGUCAGCCCCUUCAGUGUAUUUACCACAAGGUUCUGUAAAAGCUCAGCCCAGUGGCAAUGCUUUUGCUUUUAGUAGGCAUCCCGAACAGAAGGCUUUGGCAGAAGUCAAUGUGCAACCUCUUCCUCUCGGAAUUAGCAAUGCUUAUUCACCAAAUCUUCACAUUAAAGAAGCUGAUGACAUUGGCAACCCUUUACAAACAUUACAACAUAAAUUCUUAGUACAUACUCAUUUACCUAAUACAGAAGUCCCCUCUGAUCAUAAACAACCAGCAGUUGCUUUGGAAAACACUAAAAGACUUAGUUGGUCUCAACCUACAAGCAAUAUAAAGUCUGAGCCCAACUCUUAUGAGGAAGGCCUAAAUAACAGCUGUGAACUGACCAUGAAACAAGCUUCCUAUGAACAGAAUGAAGUCAAAGAACAGUUAAAAGUGUUUGCCUUGAAAAAUGCUGACUUUUCUUCCUAUUUACUUUCUGAGCCACAAAAGCCUUUUUCUCAGUUAGCGGCACAGAAAAUACAAACACAGCAGCUGCCACAGCAGCAGCAGGGUGGGAGUUAUCCAGCAAUUCACUUUGGUAGCACAAGCUUCAAAAGGGCAGCAUCUGCUAUUGAAAAAUCUAUAGGAAUUUUAGGGAGCAAUGCUAAAUCUGCCUCUGGACUGAGCAGCCAGAACACUUCAAUCCCUGUACAGAAUUUUGCUGACAGCAGCAGUGCAGAUGAACUGGAACUCAAAUGCUCCUGCAGGCUGAAAGCCAUGAUUGUGUGCAAAGGCUGUGGGGCCUUCUGCCAUGAUGACUGCAUAGGACCUUCAAAAUUGUGUGUAGCGUGUUUAGUUGUACGAUAGGAAAAGAAUUACAGAUGGAGCAUCCCUUCAGUUUUACCGCCAAAAUGGCUGCGCCAAAAGCAGUAACAUUAUAUCCCAUGUUGUUUUAUGUAAGUUAAUUUUGUUGCAUCCAGAUAUUUUCAGUGUUAAUUUGUCUGUUUUUUCUAGGGGAGAAAAAAAAAGUUUGAGGAGUGUUUUUCUCUUGUUGUUGCCCCACUUAUUUAUUCAUAAAAUUGUAACUGUAUUAACUCAAUUUCUGAAAGCACUACAUUAUGCAUUAUGUGUAUACAGUGUGCAGGUGGAACUGUUCUAAAACAAUUUGCUAUACCUUUGUGAAGCUGGACUGCAGUGCACAAGCAUUCUACAGUAUACAUGUGAACUGGCAUGUAAUUCCUUUUGUAAUGAUCCCUCUUGCCUAUCUUAGCUUUUCUUUCCUUUCACUUAACUUUACAUAUUUAAUAUGUUGAUUGCCCAGCUCAUAAAUUACGGUUUUAGAUAUGCUUGAGCAGCAAGAUUUCUGCUUACGCAAACUUAAUGCUUACAGGAAAUCUCCACAUGAAGAUUUUGUUUUUUUGGAUGUCUGGGAACUUAAUAUGCCAAUUAGUAAGUAGCCACAGUAUCAAUGGGGGAUUGAACAAAUGCAAAAAGAAGAUGUCCUGAUGAUUUCAUUUUCAAGUGAAUGUUGAAACAUUACAUUUUCCAUGUUUUAUUUAUAGCUGCUAUAAAAGACAUUUCAAGACCUCAUAGGAUGGAUUAGUGUAACCAGUGAUCAGCGCACUGUGCUUCCUAUUUUUCAACAGUUCUGGCAAUACUUUGGUGAAAAAAAUAGAACCUAGUCAUUUAUUUGUUUAUUUUGUGCAGCUGAGAUUGAGAAUAGAAAAAAAUAUGUAGUGCCAAAUUCUCAGUUGCUGGUAAAUAUUGUAAAAUAUUGAAUAUGGUAAAUAUUCAAGUGAAUGAAGAACUGCAAAGUGCACUUCAAAAUAUUAUGACUCCAGACCUGCUUGAAGCAGCAGUCCCUGGCAGUUCCAAAUCAUUGUCGUGGAAGUGAAGAUUGCUAAACCAAUAGCUAACAGGAAAAGUUAUUUUUAGGGGCAACAUUUGCAUUUCAAGAGUGUUGGUUGAGAGGAAGAGAACGACUCACAUCUCUAAUACUAAGGAUAUUUAAAUAUAUACCAAAACAUAGAAAUUUGCUUUUAAACUAGCAGUUCUUUUAAUGCCAUUUUUUCCUCAACAUACUUUUGCAUUCGUUGAAGUGCUUUCAUUUGCUUACCAUAGUAGAGUUGGAGACUCUAAUAGACUUUACACUGUGGGGCUUGAUACAUUUUUAUUCUGCCUUUUACUUGUCAUGCAUAUUACAAAUUUUUCAUUGCAGACAAGAAUUCGUUAGCAUUUAAAAUUGAUAAGCUAUUGAUUGCUAAAAUUUUAAGCCUUCUCUAUGGGAUCCACUAAAUUGACAUAUUUAACAUUACUAGGGACCCCUAUUUUGCUUACGAAAAUAAGAUUUGCUGCUAUAGAUGUUUGUUACUGACAGAAUCAGGAAGAAAUGCAUGUCGUUGUGUUUAAUUUUUUGUUUGUUAGAUGUUUCUUAAUAAAAAACAGCAUUGACGUUUUAUCACUUUGCACCAAAAUAUGGUGAAAAUAGGCCAUAUUUUCCAUUUCGGUGAGCAACAUACCAUAAAUGUGUCAGGUGCAAAGCUUAUUUCUAAUUAUUUUUUUUUUAAUUUAAAUUUUGUUUUAUUUAAAACUGACGCAAAAUAGUUUACAUCUUAAUAUUUAUAUAGUCAAUUUCAACUAAUUUUAAAGACACUUGAAAAAAGCUCAACACAAUUGCACACCUCACACAAAUAACUGUUGCAGUAUGUUUCAGCAGCAUGAGCACACUUUGACCUUUUCCAUAGUGACCUGGAGUCUGUGCAUCUGAUGGCAACAUAGUUUAGGGGCUUAUAAACAUAUUUGAAGGGGUAUAUAUAAAAUGUACCACUUCUGAAUCUUUUAGCGCUAAAUGAUGUCCUAUGCAUGGUGAGCACCAAGCCCUUAUUUAUAUGUGUUUUGACUACAUUAUGUGGUUUGUUAAAAUAGACGUUUUGUCAUUUUAUAAGGAAAGACAGGCAGCUAAUUUAAAAAAAAAAAAAAAGAGUCCAGUAUUGGUUCAGGAAUGGGAAGGAGGCUAAAGCAGUGCACUAUGAAAACACCUAGUAUUCCAUAGCCUUUUAAUUUAAGUGCCAUUUCUGAUCAUUGUGACUUGUGCACCUUUAAUCCAGCUUUCUAUGUGGUGAGCUGCUUUCUCAUAAAACGGGUCCGUGAGUUACUUUAAAGCAUGUUUCAGGGCCAUAUUUCAAACAAAUAAAUCUGAGGACUUCUUUAGCUACAAAACCUCGCUUGUAGGGCCGCAUCCAUCAGUGCAGUGUCCAGCUGGACAGUCCUACUCUUAUCCAUUGGUUCUCAGUCCUAUCCACAACAAAAGGCAUAUUUAUUAUGCUGUGGAACACAAAAUUCCCCCUGAAUAAACGUUGUAAAAGCUGAGUAAAAUAAAUCAGACAUAAGAUUGAAUGUAAUGUGUAUUGAAGUCACUAUAUCAAGAAAACAUAGGUGAUGUUUUUAGAGUACAAGUGUGCCAUAGAAUAUAAUGUGACAAGAUCGCAGUAAUCAGUGUGCCAUUGGUUAAUUCUUCCACUAGACUCAAUCUCUCUCAAGCUCUAGGGGAUUACAGUAUGUGGUAUGAUUUAGUAUAUGUUUUGGAUGCUGGGAGUCAAAGUACAGCAUAACGAUCAUAUAUUCUUGUUUCCACCAAAUAAAGUAUUUUACUAACUAUAUAGAAGUUUUCCAACGCAAGUGCUCAGGUUUGUCCCUCCUGCUACAUAUAAACAUUCCAUGAGGAAAGCCUCUAGGGUACUGUCACACUGGGCUAUACUCUAGUCCCUCUGCUCAAAUCCAUACUUUUUUGUGUCUGCACCCAUCUUGCUUCGGCUUGGGUGCAGACAAACCGAGCAGAUUUUAGAGCCUAUGCAAUUUCAUAUGAAAUCCACUCCUUGUGUCUUCACUCGUUUGUAUUGGCACAUGGUUUUAUGUCACAAUCAUUUUAUUCUAAUCAAGACCACAAGCUACACUUCAAGAAAAUUAAAUAAUAUGCCACUGGCUUUUUAUGGGUAAUAGAAACUACCUUUUAAAUAAGGUCGCUAUCUAUAAUCAAGCAUUUGCUGUGGCAUAAAAAGGAUUCCUAAAUUUGUUUUUAUGUAGAGCUUUCACUAUACCUUCUGUGAACGUUUGUAUAUGGCUUUCAAAUAUGUUUUAUAUUCCUUCGGUAGUAUGUAAGCUGAAAACAGAAUAGGAAGAAUACCAGGGAAAGCUUGCCCUCUGCACAUGCUGUUAUGCUUAUUUUUAAACUGAGAAUGUUUGUGCCGCUUUCAAUGUUUAGAAGUUUAGGGCAUCAUGUAAUAAAAGAAGUGAACAGAAUAAAUACUCAUAAGAAUUAAUAACAUUUUACAAUGUAAUGUUGUCCAUUAGACAUUUGGAAGACCAGCUUGAAGGUUGUGUAAAAUGUCAGCAAAAUAAUAACAUAUACUGCGUUCUAACGCAAUCUGUUUUUCUGUUUGUGGUUGUAUUUCAUUUUUCUGUUUACGCCAUUUAUUACAUUCCCGCUCUCUCUGGAGGUGGCUUAGGGGCUAUGAUUUUUUACUUUUGAGUGCUCCUCUUUAGCUUAUAUGAGCACCAUUACUGUUUCUUCUAUUAUGGACUGUAGAGAGACAAACGUAUAGCAACAUCUGAAUAGGUUUUUAAAAAUGAAUCAUUUUUUUCUUGCAUACAUGAAGCUGCUAUAAUUUUUUCAUGUAUAUUUUAUAGCUAAUGUUUAUUCCCACAAGUCCACCAGUCCAAGUGAAUAUGGCCAGUGCACAUGAAUUAAGUUUAGAUCAGACUAAAAGGAUUGGUACAUGAGGAUUAUAUAGCCAUCAACUUGGAGGUAGUAAAUUUAGGAUCCAGUGUCAGGGAAGUGCAAAGCAAUUACAGAAACAUCGGUUUUCCCAUCUGUUUGUUUAAUGGGAACAUUAAGGGAAUAGUGUAUAUUCAAAUUAAAGGAUAAGCAAGCCUUCUAUUUUAAAAUCACUAAAACAACUUUAAACAGCCCCAAAAUGGCUUACUUUUCUCCCAACAUUUAGUAUGAUGUUCUUUCUAACAUAGAAGAUGAGUCCUGGUAUGUAAAUCAGUAACUGCCUUAUCUAGCAUGAAACUCCGCCUCCUCUAGUAUAUUGAACCUAUCUUCUCCUUGGAAGAUGAAAUUGGCCAGGAAGCUGUUUACUGUGCAUGCCUGAUUAAUUUCAAUUGGAGCAGAAGGCACAUUAGACAUCUCUUUGAUUGGCUUCUUAUACGGAGGAGAAGGAAGCCUCAGUAUACUAUAGAGGGGGAUGCUUCAUGCUAGAUAAAGAAGUUACUGAUUACAGGGUUCAGCUUCUAUGUAAUUUUAGGGGCUGUUUAGAGUCUUUUUAGGGAUUGUAAAAUAAAAGUUGUACCCUGAUGUACAAAAACUGCCUCUAUGCUUGUUAACUAUAUGCUUGAUAAUUGCUCCUAAAAAAUAGCUUGUGAGCAGCUGGAUCCACUCCUACCAACACAAACUUCUUCCACAGAGUUUAUAUGGAAGCUGUGCUGAGCCUUGGGUGUCAGACUUAUACCUGUAUUGUUUUAUAGCCAUUAGGAAGGAUGGAAGGUUUGCUAGAGUGCAGUAAGGCCUGGUAAAGUUGUUGAUAAAAUCUCUUGAAGUGUGAUGUGAGGAAGGAAAAUGCACACCCACAAGUACCAUGGAAAAUACCACCUUGGCUGCUUGGUAAAAUUUGCCUUGUUAAGGUGGCUUUACAUGGACCAAUAAGGAAAAGGCCUCGAGGUCAGCAAAGUCAGCUACUUAUUGGCCAGGCGAGCCAAUAACAUUGUCAUGUGUGUUCUAAUUUUGUUUUUGCCGAUUUUAAACACUCUUUUUUCAGUACUGUCUUAUUAAACAUCUGUAAAUGUUUUGGUUGCAAAUUUAUAUUGGUUGUCACUUGUUUUUUUAGUACUGUAGAGCUUGUUUCGUGUGCAGGAAAUGGUCAGUAUGUUAAUUGUUAUGCACUGGGCACUCUUAGGUCCAUUUCUUUGUUAAAAUCACAGUUUAUGAGAUGGUUAGAAGUUUUAUAAAAGGUAUUUAGGGAUCUCUAGUUCUAUGAUCAGAAGAGACAGUAAGGCAACUGGGCCCUUCUGUUUCAGAAGACAAGGUAGCAUGUCGAAAGCAAGCCUAUUCUAGCCAAACCUGUUUGGAGAUAGUGCCAUAGCUGUUCUAAACUAAGAGGCACAUUUAUCAAUGUCCACAUUUGAGUUUUCCAGUUUUUUUCAGAUUUAAAAAUCUAAUUCUGUUUUUACUACUGAAUUUUUAGAAAUGUAUUUAUCGAUGGGUUAGAGUUCACAAUUUAAUACAUACAUUUCUAAAUAUCUUGUAUGCUUCGAAAAAUCGACUUUGCAAGCUCAAAAAAACUCUGAAUAAAUAUUUUACAUUUUGUCUAGGACAACUGCCAUUUACUUCUACAUAACCUUGCAAGCUUUUAAAUUACGAUGUUUUGCAUUCAAGUUUUUUUUAGCUAAAUAAAUAGUUUAUUUGAAGUCAUAAUUCGAGUUUGUAAAUUUUUAAAAAAAAAAAGUGGUAAAAAGGCAAAUUUGAACAUUGAAAAAUCAGCCCCUAAGUGUCAGUGGAAUUAUUAGUGCUUUAUGCAUUUGUAGUACAAUGCUGACAUCGUGUGGUGGUGCCAAGAUGUAUUCUACAAUUCAAGGCAAUUAGUACAUUUAUCUCAUUCUUUCCAAUAUUAAAAUUGUAGCCUAUGAAAAUCCUUCAUUUACAAGAGUUUUAUGUUUAAUAAUACUAAAUCCGUACGAUUCGACCUGUAUUUUCUAACAUUGCCCAUCUUUACAACUGAGUCAUGAGGAGUAAUUGCAUGUUAUUUACUAUCUAGUAUGAUUGCAUUAUUCAUGACAUCUUCAGGGCAAAUAUUUAAUUUCAAGAUAAUUUUUAUUUCUUUUUAUCUAACCGGGCAAACUGUGCACUGCCAUCAGUCAGACCUCACAAUGCUUUCUUAACAUAAUGCCAAUGUCCUUGGGUAUAGAAGCAGAAAUUCCUAACUUAGACACUGCACACUUCUUUUGGUUUUCAAAGAUAAAACUAUUCCUGUUAAGGCCAUGUUAACUUUCAUUCCCCCAUAUGUAAUAAAAGUCACUAAGUUUGCCCAGGAGCAGUAACCUAUAGCAGCCAAUAAGAUGUUUUCUUUUAAACAGAUGACCAGUAAAUGCUACCUGCUGAUUGGCUGCUACGGGUUACUGCUCUGGGGCAAACGUAGUGCUUCUUAUUGCAUAACCCUCGUUAUAUUUUAAAUGCAAUGCAGCCAAAUCCUGCAGAUUUCCCUUUCAUAUGUUGGUACUUUCUGUACUCUGUGAUAUUCCACCUCCCUCCAGUUAUUCUCCUGUUUGCUUUUACAGUCACUGUAAUACCUAUAUGUUGCACAAAGUGUUAAUGUUAUGUGUUUAUCCAUUGUCUUGAUUAACAUGAUCUGUUCUCUCAAUAUUUAUUGACCAAUAGAAUGAUAUGGAACAUAUGUCAUUUAAUAACGUGAUCAUUCAGCCAAAGGGAAACUUAUUUAUAAGUGAUCUAACACUGAAAGCCCCAUUUUGGAAGAUUUGUUACUUUGCAUUCGUAUAUACCUGGUAUGUUUGCUGAAGAGCAAUGUCGUGCCUAAUUUGUCUUUCUUCCUUCUCAGAAGAGUGACAAAAUGUCAGCAGUUGUGUCAAAUCACUGGUCAUUAUUGAUAAUUCAAAUAUUUGUGCUUAUACCACACAUAUCAGCUAUCUCAGCAUCCCACAUUUUAGCGUACCAUAAGAGUACCAAAUCCCUUUGAUACAGUUUGUGAGAAUGAAAAAAAUUAUCUGAGUAAUUUUCCAAAAAAUCCACAACAUGAGGCAUAUAUACUGUAGGUAAUUAGAAAUGGUUAUGCUAGGGAUUUUUCUUUUAAAAACAUAAAUGAAUUUUGAAUAAUGGUUGUAUUCCUUUUUUUUCUCCUUAAAUUAACAAUAAGAUGGGAAGUCACUGUUAAAAUGACGUUAAGAUUUCACAAUGCAAAACCAACAACCGUUCAGAUGUUUAAAAAAAAAAAAGCUGCUUUCGUCUGGCUGUGUAUUGUAUUAAUAUUAAGGGGGUUAUUUAUUAAAGGUCAAGCUGUUUUCUCUGAAAAAUUCUAAUUUUUUGAGGUUAGUUAGUAAAAACUGAACUGUUCUGGAUAAAAAUUAAAAUUUUGAAAAUGUAUUAUUUCCCAAAGCUGCAAAAAGCUUGAAUCCAAAAAUUACACCAGCUAAAACCUGUUGAGGUCAUGUAGAAGUGAAUGGCAGAGCUGCUUGGAACCAUUUGAAUAUGUUUUUAGCCUUCGUGAUUUUUGGAGGUUUUGGGUGGUUUGUGCUCGAAAACAUGACCAAUUUGAGCUGUUUGACCUUUUUUUUUUGAUCACUCGAUCAAUUUGAGUUUUUCCCCUUAAAUGCAUUUAUUCGAGUUUUUCAUAAAUAAGCAAACAUUCGACUUGUUAGUUUAUUCAAGGAAAAAACUUCACAAACUCAACCUUUGAAAAAUAACCCCCUAGGUGUAUAAUUUAGUUGAGAAAAUGAUUCAUGAUAUGUUCAGAAAAUGCUUCACUUUGUUGCCAUCUUUGUACCAAUGUUACAUUUUGCAAAAAAUAACUUAGAAAUUUUCUUUCAGCACAGGGUUUUAAAAUGUUGGGGGUUUUUUUAUUGCAGUAUUUUUGAAUGUUUACAAAUUUGCUAUAAUUGUGUCAUUACAAGUAUUUUGCAGCUGUACAUUUUAUUAGUGAUGGGCUAUAAGUUUCUGCAAGAAUAUGCUGGUGCUUUGUAGCAAAAAUGUGUUUUAUCUUUAGGAAUUAGCAAAAUAAACUUUCCUAACAAAUCUGGCUCAUCUUAAGGGCUACCGUUGGUGAUUGUGAGUUAGGUGCCCGACUUCUGGUAAGCCUUAUUUUAGAACCAGUUAACAUUAAGGGUGUUAAGCAGUGAUGCCAUGCAAAUAUGGAAGCAGCAAAUGUGCCCCUUUGUUUUUUUACCAAAGAACUAGUUCUCACACUAAGAAUUUAUUAUUGCUUAAAUUUGGUCAGUCGUUCACUUAUUUUACUCAUUUUUCAAAGCUUCUUUGUUCACAUCCAUUGUUACCUGACUAAAAUGUGACUAAGUAUCUCAAUCAUGAUAUUACCUUAACAAACAGAAAACGUGACAGUAUUUUAUUUAGAUAUCAGGGAUCAUGCUUUUCCAAUGGUGCUUUUUUUAUUUUGUUCUGUUACUAGUUCUCAAACAUGAUGCCGAAAAAUCAACAACUGCUCAUAAUGCAUCUGACUUCUAUAAAAGUCUCUCAUGUUAUCUCCUCUUUCCUCAUUUUCCAUCAAGAAAAAAAAUGGGCUUCUGUAUAAAAUAUUCAGAAGAAAAUAAAGAAAUGAAAAUAUGAAA